UCGUCGCAUGUUUCUUGCUGUCGUUAAAUAAUCAGCUCUCAAGCGACCAGCAACAACUUCCGUGGCGGCUUUCGUUGGCUCUCCGCUUUCACCUAGAUAACGGGCUUAAGCAAUUAGCGAUUAACCAUGGAGAUUGAAAUUCUGGACGCAAAAUCAUCGAAAUCAUUGGGAAAAUGCCGUGCCUCGGGUCCCGAUGCCACGCUUCAGUCCCUGAAGGAUGAUGUGCAAAAGCUGAAAUCAUCACUAACCGUGCAUCGUCAGUCGUUUCGCUUGGAGCCGCGAGGCAAAGCACUAAAGGAAAGUGAAACGCUCAAGUCGCUCGGUGUGACUUCCGGAAGCAAGCUGUACGUACGGGACCUGGGACCCCAGAUCAGCUGGAAAGGUGUUUUCCUAGCAGAGUACGCCGGGCCAAUUCUCGUGUAUCUCAUCUUCUACCAGCGCCCAUCGCUGAUUUAUUCGAACGCUGAUCUUCCAAUGACCACAACGGCCAGUAUUGCAGCAGCCUGCUGGGUCGCCCAUUACGCUAAACGGCUGCUGGAAACGUUGUUCGUGCAUCGUUUCUCGCACGCUACGAUGCCGUUGAGAAAUCUCUUUAAAAACUGUUCCUACUACUGGGCGUUCGCGGGUUAUGUUGCUUACCACGUGAAUCAUCCGAGGUUCACGGAACCUUGCCAAGCAAUGGUUUACGCUGGAUUGGCAACCUUUGUGGUUAGUGAGCUGGGCAACUUUUCCAUUCACAUGUUGCUUCGAAACCUGCGGCCUGCUGGUUCCAAUGUGAGAAAGAUUCCCGUUCCGGAUAGUAACCCAUUGACACAGUUGUACAACUUCGUCUCUUGCCCAAACUACACUUACGAGUUUCUGUCCUGGGUCGGAUUCACCGUGAUGACCUCCUGCAUACCGGCCGGACUAUUUGCGGCAGCCGGCAUGUACCAGAUGACCGUGUGGGCUCUCGGCAAGCAUCGCAACUACAAGAAAGAGUUCAAAGACUACCCGAAAACGCGCAAAGCAAUCGUUCCCUUUUUACUGUAAGGGAUUGGAAAGGCAGCAACUUUUCGUAUUUUUUUUGUGGCUGCACUACAAAUCGUCUAGCAACCCUUUGUUGCUAAGACAAAUUUCGUAGUCUAAGGGCCAAGGGCCAAGGGUACGCUUUCGUUUAAGUGUGGCUCUCGCUUUUUCAUCUUUUUCUUUUAUUUCGAGGAUAGGGUGGUGCGUUGAUGAUUUGUGUUUCAAACUAGCUAAAGCAUUUGUGACGAAGUGCGUUGUCCAUUUCAAGGACACAUCCAUUUCAACUAGAUAGUUGUAAGGUGCAAGGUGUAGUUGAUUUCAAAGUGUCGUCAUCGUUAUUUAUUGAGCGAAAUAACCGAAAGCAUUACAACGGUAAACCCAAACCACGAUCAUUCCUAUUUUCGUUUUUGAAUGGUGUAGGACUUACAAUGUGUGCGACCAAAUACGCAGACAAAUGCGACACAAUUUACAUUUCCUUUGGUGUUGAUGCAAAUAAUAAUUAAUAAACUCCAAUUAAAUUUUU